GGAGCCAGCCGGGAGCUGGCGCAGGCAGGAAGCGGAAGAAGGGAGAGAGCACGGGUCGGGUCUGAGCAUGGACGCCGCGGCGCUCGAGCAGGACGCGGUGAAGUUCGCCCAGCUGGCGGUGCAGAGAGACCAGGACAGGCGCUACCAGGAGGCGGCGUUUUACUACAAGGAAGCUGCCCAAGCCUUGAUUUAUGCUGGAAUGGCAGGCUCAAACUUGGAAAAUAUUCAAGAGAAGAUAAAUGAGUACUUGGAGAGAGUUCAAGCUCUGUAUUCAGCAGUUCAAUCACAGAACACCGACCCCUUGAAGUCAAAACAGCAAUUGGACCUGGAGCGUGCCCAUUUCCUGGUUACACAGGCUUUUGAGGAAGAUGACAAGGGCAAUGCAGAGGAAGCUAUAGAAUUGUACACAGAAGCCGUGGAACUCUGUUUAAAAACAGCUAAUGAAACUUCAGAUGCAAUCCUUCAAUCAAAACUCAAACAGCUGGCUAGACAAGCACUGGAUAGAGCAGAGGCAUUGAAAGAAUCUAUGUCAAAGUCUUCUCAGAAAGACAAACAAACUGCAGCUAAACCGAAUCAGCCAGUCAGAAUGUUCUUUCCAUUGGGACCUGAUUUUUCCUUGAAUGAUAAGCCACAGACAAUCAGAACAGUGCAAGCUAGUGAAUCUCAAGGUCAGAGAUACACCACAGAGGAGAUUGAAGUGCUCAGAAAGACAUCAAAGAUAAAUGGUAUAGAGUAUGUCCCAUUCAUGAGUGUUGACCUGAGGGAGCGUUUUGCCUUUCCAGUGCCAUUUUCAGAUAAAUGUGGCAAGUUACCAUUGUCACCCAAACAAAAGGCAAUGUUUGCCAAGUGGGUGCGGCCAGAUGACCUAACAAAUAACCCUACAAUGAUCUAUACUGUGUCAAGUUUCAGCAUAAAGCAGACAAUAGUGUCAGAUUGUUCUUUUGUGGCAUCACUAGCUAUCAGCGCAGCAUACGAGAGACGGUACAACAAAAAGUUGAUUACAAGCAUAAUUUACCCUCAGAAUAAAAAAGGAGAACCAGAGUAUAAUCCAUGUGGAAAGUACAUGGUAAAACUUCAUAUCAACGGUGUCCCUAGAAAGGUGAUAAUAGAUGACCAGUUACCUGUAGAUCACAGUGGAGAACUCCUCUGCUCUUAUUCCAACAAUAAAAGUGAAUUGUGGGUGUCCCUGAUAGAAAAAGCUUACAUGAAGGUCAUGGGUGGAUAUGAUUUUCCUGGAUCAAAUUCUAACAUUGAUCUCCAUGCACUGACUGGCUGGAUACCAGAGAGGAUUGCUAUGCACUCAGACAAUCAGGCUUUCAAUAAGGACGGUUCUUUCAGAAUGCUCUAUCAGAGAUUUCACAAAGGCGAUGUCCUUAUCACAACAGCAACUGGAGUGAUGUCUGAAGAGGAAGGAGAGAAAUGGGGUUUAGUUCCAACCCAUGCCUAUGCUGUUUUGGAUAUUAGAGAAUAUAAGGGGCUUAGAUUUCUCCAGUUGAAAAAUCCCUGGAGUCACUUACGCUGGAAAGGAAGAUACAGUGAAAAUGAUGUGAAAAAUUGGACCCCAGACCUACAAAAAUACUUAAACUUUGAUCCUCGAACAGCUCAAAAAAUAGACAAUGGAAUUUUCUGGAUUGCCUGGGAGGAUCUUUGCCAGUAUUACGAUGUUAUUUAUUUGAGCUGGAACCCAAGUCUUUUUAAAGAAUCAACAUGUAUUCACAGUACUUGGGAUGCAAAACAAGGCCCAGUGAAAGAUGCCUACAGCUUGGCUAAUAAUCCACAGUACAAACUGGAAGUACAAUGUCCACAAGGUGGAGCUGCUGUCUGGGUUCUGCUCAGCAGACACAUUACAGACAAGGAUGACUUCGCACGCAAUCGAGAAUUCAUCACAAUGGUUGUGUACAAGACUGAUGGGAAAAAAGUUUACUAUCCAACUGAUCCUGCCCCAUAUAUUGAUGGGAUUCGGAUCAACAGUCCCCACUAUCUGACCAAGAUAGCGCUGACAUCUCCAGGGUCCCAUACGUUUACACUGGUGGUAUCCCAGUAUGAGAAACAGAACACGAUCCACUAUACUGUCAGGGUGUAUUCAGUAUGCAAGUUUACUUUUUCCAAGAUUCCUACUCCAUACACCAUCUCCAAACGGGUUAAUGGGCAGUGGAAAGGUCAUAGUGCUGGAGGCUGUGGAAACUUCAGAAACUCCUACAAAAACAACCCCAUUUACCAAUUUCAGCUGGAGAAGACUGGGCCAUUGCUAAUUGAAUUAAGAGGACCAAGGCAGUACAGCGUGGGGUUUGAACUUGUCACAGUCUCUACAGUAGGAGAUCCUGGUCCCUCUGGCUUUCAGAAGAAGAACAGUGGUGACUACAGAUGUGGAUUUUGCUACAUGGAGGUGGAGAAUGUCCCAGCUGGAGUUUACAAUGUUGUUCCCAGCACCUUCCUGCCUCAGCAAGAGGGUCCUUUCUUCUUAGACUUUAAUAGCACUACCCUUCUUAAGAUAUCACAACUGCAAUGAGGGGGCGAGUCUCUACAUUACUCUCUAGGGAAGAAGUCACGAGCUAGAGCAAUGCUAUUUCCUGAAAGCACUGGGGAAAUACAUCCCUCAACCAUUGACACAAGAUCAUAAAACCUACUCUACUUGGAAAAAGUAACAGCCCAGGGCUUGGGCCACCAAUCUCACUGCAUUUGCUCAUGCUUUUUGCUGUGCAGCCAUGAGGGUGAGAGGAUGCUUCAGAAAUUCUGAUUGAUGGUAAAUUUUUGCAUGAAAUGCUUGAAUGUAAAUCUUGAUUAAUCAUAUUAACGAAUGGCAGGCCUUAGCUUACUGCAGUUUGGCACCUUAUACCUCAUCAAGUUUUGAAAAGUCUUUCCUCUCCCCACAUACAAGGUAGCUUAGUUCUAACAAUCCUUGCUUAACUUUUACAGUAAACAUUGUAGAGAAAAAGGAAGGGGUGGUGCAUACUGUGUUUAUUUAGCACAGGGGUUCUGGACCCCUCAGGGAGUCAUAAGCUGUCAGCCUCUACCCCCAAACCCCACUUUGCCUCCAACAUUUAUAAUGGUGUUCAAUAUGUAAAGAAGUGUUCUUAAUUUAAAAGGAGAGGUCACGUAGAGGCUUGCUCUGUGAAAGGGGGCACCAGUACAAAAGUUUGAGAACCCCUGCUUUAGAGGAAUGAAGUAAAAGCCAGGGGCUGCUGUUCUGGAUGUUAAAAAAGCAGAGGAGUUUAUCCUGCCCCUUUCUCAGAUAAGAGCCACUCCAGGGAGCACACUGUACAAACAGUAUAACACACCUGUAUUCUGCUUCAGUAGUUGAAGCUGAUCAACAGCUCCUCUAGCUAACUUAAACAAAAUUGUCAUUUAGGUGCUAGCUCAUUUCUGCAUGAGCAGGGGGUUACGAUGGGAGAAAUAAGAGGCUACUCCCUUCUCUCUAAUAAACCACACAUCUGCAGCAUUGGCAUUACAGCCCCACAGACAGAAGACUGCUGAAGGCAGCAUUCAGUUAGAGAAGGAACCUUCUUAAGCUGUAACCAGCCAAGAAGAGACCCUAAAUCUGCAGCUACGGGUGCUAACUGUCCAGCAUUGUCCUGCAGUCUUCAGGCAUUAAUCUUAAUUAAAGGUUGUCAUGUGUUGAAACCUCUAGGACUACAUCCAGCUGGAACUGGCAAUCCUAGCCACAGCAUUUGACCCUACUUCUACUGCAGUCACUGGUAAAACAUUGAGGAGAGCAAGCCUCAAAACAACCCACCCCACUGGCAACUUUGGGUGUUUUUUCCCAAAAGAGCACCAGUGCACAAGUUUGGGGAGAUUAAGCAGUAAGAUUGUCUCCCACUAAAGUUUACUGCUGCAAAUGUAUCUAGCAGCUUAACAGCACAGGUACACUUCUUGUUUGUUUGUUUGUUCUUCUCUGGUUAGACAGCAGCUCUGAGGAGAAUAUAUAGUUUGGGAAAAAACAUUAAGAUGUGCCUUUUAAGUGCAGUUCUCUGAAAGACCAGCUGGGUUAGGAACUGCACUGAUGCCAAUAACUAACUCACGGCUUGCUUCUUGGCACGGAAGUUGUAAGAUAAAAAGUUGUAUUGUAGGACAAAAGCAUUGAUCUAAGAGCUGUCCCAUUGCAGAUUUGGGGGGGAGGGGGGGAAGAGGAUGGAGUUUGAGGAUAUAGCCUAAAUGAUGUCCAACUGUAGUAAGUUAAUCUUUAUAUGCUCUAAGGACAGCUGUUCAGAUGCAGAGCUAUAUGUCCAGUUUAAAACAUGUUGUGGGGGAAGAUUUCAGCUCAGGCUUAAACCAGCCCUUAUAAUGCACAUGCAAAGGCCUGCAGCUACAGGUUAGGUCACUUACUCCAUUUACAGGCCAGAAACAGUUAAGGGGCCUGAAUUGUGGAUGUUGCUCCACCUGCUGCUGUUUGCACAUUUAAAUAAUAUUGGCUAAAGUCCUAUUCCUUCAAAACUCUGUAUAGGGGAUGCUGGCAGGGAAUUAAGCAAGUUGACUUGCCCAAAUCACCUGUUAUGUCAUUCUCUUUUGGCUGAUACUGUACAGGAAGUCAGUUUUUCCCUCUGAUUACCACCAAGCUAAUUCACUGGCUUUUAUAGCAGUAAUUUGACUUGAAAUUAAACAAGUGAGAGUUUCAACUUCCAGCCACUAAAUCACAGAAUUUAGUAUAGAUUGUUCCUUUAUUUAAUCUCUAUGCAGAUUACAAGUUUAUAACUGUCCUUGAUGCCAGGGCAAGCUGUGCCUCUCAGAGAAUACAAAAGGGUAGAUAGCUGUAAAUGCCUGCAGUGUACCAGUGCUACAAAAACAAAGCCUUCCCCUUUGACUGUCCAGAUCCCAUUAAUAUUUGAGGCCAGGUAUGCAGAAUAUGAAAGUCAGUUAUAUUCUUAAAACAUUGCAGUCUUGGUGUUCUGACAGUUUAGAACCAUUUUACAUCAUCCUACUUAUCUAGGGCAUGGCGCACCUUAGCAUGAGAAGCAAAUUUUCAGUCAUAGAACCUCAGACAGCAUCACAAAUGCAUGCGCUACCUUUUGUGCAUGCUAGCCUUAGCUUUAUGCCCGAAGGACAUGAUUUUUACACUUAAGGAAUAUGGUCAAGAGGAAAAGCAGAUUACAAAACUAAUAAUAAAAGCAAUCAGACUAUUGCAUAUUAAUCUAGUUGGAGAGAUUUAUCAGAUGUAAACAGGUUAUUGGGAAAUGACCCUAUUGCACAGCCAGGAAAACAAAACUGCUUAGCUAAAUCUCCACCACUGCCAUUCAGAGAUUCUGAUCGUUAGAAUUAAAAAUAUUUGUAGACAUUGAGGUAAUCCUUCUAUAAGUGCUAGAAUGGAGCAUUCCAGAAGAGAUGGGAGACUGACAAACAGAUAUACAGAUGUCUGUAAAAAGUUGCUUACAGUCAAAGUUUCUUACUACGCAAUGAUGGAUCAGACACUCUGGGCUGGAAUUUGCACACUGUAAUUAGCUAUUUUGCUAUGUUUCCAACAAACAGUCAAAUAUGAGACUCCUGCUUCCCUUCUGUAUGCAACUGUAUCAACUCAAACUUGUUUUAAAGCAUAGAACUAUAAAGAUCCACAUUGUAAGUAUGUACUGCUCUUAGCUAGCUGGUGAUUGAAACUACUCUAGCACACACUGAAGGUGCUGCAGCUAAGGAAUUGUGUGUACAAGGAUCAUAAGUCACCAGAUGCAAACGAAUUGGCCUAGAAAUGUCUUUAAAUAAAAGGAAUGAUACUUACUUUGAUCCUUUAAGAGGAGGAAUAACUGUUUAGUGGGUUGCACACAGUGAGAGGAAGGAUACUUACAAAGAGCUGUUUUCAGUAUCCUUCAAAAGGAUUUUUGACAUCCUUCACUUUCCCCUUCAAUUUAGGCACCCUAGACACUACAUAGUUUGCUAGUGAAUCCCACCUCAGAGCUGCUGUGGACAUCAUGCUUUAUUGACCUCCUUAGGGCCCAGAAUUGGGCCUUCUGUUUUUAAAAAAGCCAUUAGGUUAAUCAUCCGUUUUACUUAAUCCAUCAGAAUUCAGAAAGAGACUUAAUCCACAUAGCUACCUUUCAGUGGGAGUACUAGUAGCAUCCAUUUGGUUCUAGAACACAGUAAAGCUGAGAGACUCCAUUAGAAGUUAGACUUCUACACAUAGAAAAAUGUUAAUUUUAAACAUUUUUACACAGUCUGACAAAAUUGUGUCUAUGCAUAUUUUGUACAGCAGAAAUACCUAAGGCUUCUGUACCUGAAGGUGAACAUGCCACAUACAGAAGGCUUUCAGAAACAUGUUAGAACAGCCUAUGAAAAAAUUUAAGAUUUUAAAAAAAAAAAAAAUUCACUGAGUACCAGUUUUCAGUGCAUAUUACCAAAAGUAUGAUGAAGCUUAAAAGGUGAUAAGCCAUCAAUUCACCACUCUUUGGUAAAGCUGUUUACAUUGCAUCUCACUUCAAGGCUGCUAACUCAUUACCAAACAUGCUUUAAAUGUCAAAGGCUUAUUUUUAUACUUUCAGCACCACACUGUCAGCUAGUGUAAUAGUAAAUGAAAGGAUUUUUGGGGAGUCUAAUGAAAGGUAACUCAAGAGAACUUGCUCCUUUGGUAUUUCAUGGUAAUAUUCUAUUCGUAUUCAUUUGUCAGUAUGUAUUUGAUAUACAGAAUUGGCAUUUAUAAAGUUUAAAAAUAAAAUUUAAGCAAUUAUUUAUGAAA